AUGGAAGCCGUCGUGAGAUAUUGGUUGGAUAAGCUGAAAAAUGUAUCGUACGAGAUGGAUGAUGUGCUGGAUGAGUGGAACACUAAAAUUAUGAUGCAACAAGUUGACAACCAUGAAAAAGAAGGUGAUAUAACUCUUCUUGUUACCAAGAAGAAGGUAUGUUUCUUGAUUCCCUUUGAUUGCUUUUGUUUUGGCCAUGUCAGUCGAGUGAUUCUUCGUCGCGACAUUAAACUUAAGCUAAAAGAUCUGAAUAACAAGUUGACUGAGAUUGCUGAAGAACGAAAAGCAUAUAAGUUUCAACACACAGAAGGAAGAGUUGAACAACCUGAACGGCAGAAAAGCUCAUCGUUUCUUGAUAUAUCUAAGACAUUUGGCCGAGAAAAUGAAAAAGAUAUUAUAGUAAGCAAGUUGUUGAGUGAGAGUAGUCAAGAAAUUAUAAGGGGUCCCCUUGUUAUCCCCAUUGUGGGGAUGGGAGGAAUGGGAAAGACAACUCUUGCACAACUAGCCUAUAAUGAUGAAAAUGUCAAAGCGCAUUUCGAAAGGAGAAUAUGGGUUUGUGUCUCAGACCCUUUUGAUGAGAUAAAGAUUGCCAAAGCCAUCAUUGAUGGUAAUGGAACCCCAAACUCAGAUGAAUUGGAAGCUUUCUUGCAAUGUAUGUCAAAAUCUGUAGAAGGGAAAAAGUUCCUCCUUGUCCUAGAUGAUGUGUGGACUCAAGACCACAGAAAGUGGGAACAAUUAAAGUUACCUUUGCUGAAAGGUGCUAUGGGUAGUAGAAUACUGGUGACCACACGAAAAGAGGAAGUUGCUAUUAUGAUGGGAGCAAAGAUGAGCCACAUGAUCCAUUUGAAGCAAUUGAGUGAAGAAUCAUGUUGGUCCUUAUUCUAUCACCUUGCAUUCUUUGACAAGGAAGAAGAUGAAUCUAAUGUGUUUGAAGCUAUUGGUAAGGAAAUUGUCAAAAAGUGUAAGGGUUUGCCUCUUGCUGCAAAGGCUUUAGGUAGUCUCAUGCGCUUUAAGAAAACUAAGAAAGAAUGGCAAGAUGUCUUGCACAGUGAGAUAUGGGAAAUUGAAGAGGUUGAACAAGAGGUUUUUCAACCGUUAUUGCUAAGUUAUUAUGAUUUGGCAUCGGGGGUCAAACGUUGUCUUUUGUAUUGUGUUAUUUUUCCAAAAGAUUAUGAGCUCGAUAAAGAUAAUUUGAUUGAGUUGUGGAUGUCACAAGAUUAUCUUAGUUUGGAAAGAAACCAAGAAAAGGAAAUAGUAGGUGAAAACUGUUUCAAUAACUUAGUAAUGCGGUCGUGGUUUCAAGAUUUUAAGAAAGAUGACGACGGCAAUAUUACCGUCAAAAUGCAUGAUAUUGUGCAUGACUUUGUGCAGUUUCUUAACCGCGAGGAAUGUUACAUCAUGGAGGUUAAGGAUGCUAACAAGAGAAUUGAGCUACCAAGUGAUAAGGUCCGCCAUUUGACCUUAAUCCUUGCAUCGGAUGAUCGAUUUGCAUGUCCUGUUCCUCCUAUUUCAUUUGAUCAUUGCAAAGUUCUGCGCACCCUGUCAUGUUUCGAUUCAAGAAUCACUAUCUUAGACCGAGAUCUCAUUUUGCAAUUGAAAUGUCUUAGGACUUUAAAUUUGAGUGGUAACAAAAUCAAUGAACUUCCAAAGGAGAUUGGCGAGUUGAUACAUUUGAGGUACAUUGAUUUGUCUGGUAAUAAUCAUCUGAAGGAAUUACCAAACACACUGUGUAAUUUAUACAAUCUACAGUCCUUGCGCCUCACUGGGUGCAGGCACCUUGCAAAACUACCUAAGGCCAUAGGGAAGCUGAUUAACUUAAAGCAUCUUCAUAUUAAGAACUGUUAUACGUUGAAGUACUUGCCAAAAGGGAUUGGGAGAUUAAGAAGUCUGCAGGUAUUAGAUGGGUUUAGUGUACGUGCUGUUGACAACAGUGAAACACUCCAGUUAGGUGAUCUGGGAAUCUUGGACAAGCUUCAGGGUAGCCUUUUUAUCAAAGGGCUGGGGAAUGUGAGAGACACUAGUGAGGCUGAGAAAGCACAAUUAGCGAAUAAAAGACACAUCCUUCGUUUGGAACUAGAUUUUUCGAAUGGAGAUAAGCGACGACAAGGAGAAAGAGAUGGAGAAAUGCUGAGUUUCUUAGAACCACCUCAAAGUUUGGAAUUUUUAAGCAUUAGUGGUUACUGUGGCGGCACCUUCAGCUAUCCCAACUGGAUGAUUUCUCUACCUAAUUUGAGAACCCUUGUUCUUCGUUCUUGGAAAAAUUGUGAUUUUUUGCCUCCUCUUGGGAAAUUGCCGUCCCUUCAAACACUGAGCAUAGAUGAUAUGCCUAGUGUGAGAAAGGUUGGAGUUGAAUUUUUGGGAAUAGAAGAAACUUCAGCAUUGUUAAAAUCAUCCUCACCAACUGUUUCAUUCCCAAAAUUGAAAAAGCUCAGCUUCUCUGGAAUGUGUAGUUGGGAAGAAUGGAAAGGAGUGGGAGGGUUGGUGGAAGAGGAUUCUGAA